AAUAUUAAAUAUUUUUUUCUCAUUAAAUUCAGCAUGAAUUAGCGACAAUAUUAUACCCGGUACUCGUUCACAUGUACCUAGAAUUAGUUUACAAUAAUCAUUCGGAGCAAGCUAAACAAUUGUUGGAGAAAUAUGGUCCCAGUCUGGAUGAUCACCAUCAGACUGAUCUCAAGCGGCUUUCAAAUGUCACCAAGCGAGAACAAAUGGCUGGGAAUGAAUUUACUGAUACAUUCAAGUCGAAUCAGUUUAUCAUCAGAAUAUCGCGGGAUACUUUGUCGAUAUUAAAACGGCAUUUACAAGAGAAGAAACACAGCGUUCUAUUGAACAUUAUUCAAGAACAUUUGUACUUUGAUAUGUACGAAGGAACAGCAAGGAAUAAACAACAGAUCGAAGCUACUUCAGGUGCUACACUUGGAGAAGCUACCAGACAAGAUAACAAAGCAAAAGUAUAUUACGGAUUAUUAAAAGAGCCAGAUAUUCAAUGUGUAGCGCCAGCAGAGGAAGAAGAAGAUGAAGCAAAUGCUGGCGGUGAAGGCGAUAAACCAAAAAAAAAGAAAGCAAAAAAAGAUCCUUUGUUUUCGAAAAAAACUAAGUCUGAUCCAAAUGCUCCGCCAGUUGGUCGUAUGUUUCUGCCGAAUUUAAAGGACGCAGAUAAAUUAGAAAAAGUAAAAGCUCUUCGCGAAGCAUCGAAGCGCUCCAUACUGUGA